UACUGUAGUAAUGCUGUAAAUAUAUAUUUUGUAAUAAUAUGCAUUCAUGUUGUUCACCUCUUUGGGGGCCUCUGGCUAAAAAAAGGUGGUAUAUAAAUAAACUUCACCCUACCAUGCCAUGUUUUAUUCAUGAGAGGCUACACUCUCGUGUUCACUGUGCCUCCUCAGUGUAAAUUUUACUCACUUCUGCAUUCACUGUAAAUGCACCUCUGGGCAGAGAAAUUGCCACAUCAAGAGAAGCACUGAAAACUGAAACCUCCAAAGGCUUAUGUUCAUCAUGUGAGUACAUGGUGGUGACUUUGCCUAAACAUUUUUGCCAUGCUUAAAACAAGGUUCAACCAGCUCCCAUGAUACCCAACUUUUAGCUGCUAUGCUUAGUAGGAGCCAGAUAGACUGAGAGAUAACAAUGAAUGAAACUACUGCCAUUUGCCACUUCUGAUGCUCCAUAUAUCUAAAUACAUAAUUUCUCCUGCCCUUUUUAUUGUAUUAGAUAUUAGCUGAACCACUAUGAAAAGCAGCUGUUUUAUUACAGAAAAAAAUCAGAAACAGACUGGAAAGAGAAGUUGCUGAAUUGGAACUCAUUACCAAGCUUACAACCAUGGAGCCACCUGGGAUGAACAAAACACAGGAUUCUUAUCUCAUUGUGCAUGAUCAAGCUUUUUUUAGCGCCUCAGCCCUUGCUACCCCUCCCGCAGGACCAAUUGCAGUCAUCAGCAGUCGUUAACAGCCAUCUACAGGUUUACCACUCCCAUCAGCCCAUCACCCAUUCCCAACCACCCCCACCACCCUCUGUAUAUACAUAAGGGUCUGACUCUUCUGUUUCAAGUGUAUCUGAAGAAGUGUGCAUGCACACGAAAGCUCAUACAAAAAAAAAACACUUAGUUGGUCUUUAAGGUGCUACUGAAGGAAUUUUUUUAUUUGGGUAUUGGAAUGUCUAAGGGCGACUCCCCUAUUCUUCCCAGCCUAAUUGAUGGAAAGCAGACCUUCAGGUGAAAAGAGAAAAGAGAAAGACAAUAUAAGAAAUAUAAUAGACAUUUUGGAGAGGUUGGAGGUUAAAAUAAAUACUAAAGCGAUGCUAAUUUUUGUGGAUGCAGAGAAAGCCUUCGACAAUAUUUCUUAGAACUUUAUGAAGCAAAAUUUAAUCAAAAUGGAGGUUGAUCAGAACUUUGUUAAUGGUAUUAAUGGCAUUUAUUCUGAGCAAAAAGCUAAAAUUAUUGUAAAUAAUGUGGUCUCAGAAGAAAUACAAAUUGAAAAAGGAACUAGACAAGGUUGCUAAAUAUGAUAAGGAGAGAUGAUGGUGUUAAAGGUAUUACGGUAGGGACAAAACAGUACAAGUUAAAAGCCUUUGCAGAUGAUCUAGUUUUAACUUUACAGGACCCUGAAUACAGUGCAGUAAGGGCACUGCAAAUAAUACAAGAGUUCGGACAAGUUGCAGGUUUUAAAUUAAACAAAGGAAAACUAAGGUAUUGGAAAAAAAAUUAACGACUCAGGAAAAACAUGCGGUUGAAGAAAGUACAGGAUUGAAGUGUGUGAAAAAGGUGAAAUAUCUGGGAGUGAAUAUGACAGCAAGAAAUCUAAAUUUAUAUAAGGAUAAUUAUGAUAGGUUAUGGAAUGAGAUUAAAAGAGAUUUAGAUAUUUGGUCAAAGUUGAGAUUGUCUAUGAUGGGCAGAAUAGCUGCUGUCAAAAUGAAUGUAUUGCCAAGAAUGUUAUUUUUAUUUCAAGCUCUCCCGAUUGUUGACAAGUUGAAAAGAUUUCAAGAUUGGCAAAAGGCAUUGUCCAAAUUUGUCUGGCAGGGGAAAAAGCCCAGAAUUAAAUACAAACUUUUAACAGAUGCAAAGGAAAGGGGCGGAUUCUCAUUGCCAGACUUAAAAAUUUAUUUUGAAGCUGCAGCCUUUUGUUGGUUUUCAUUGGACAAUGCAGAUGUGCUAGAUCUGGAGGGCUAUGAUAAUGUAUUUGGUUGGCAUGCAUAUUUGUGGUACGACAAGGUGAAAGCCCAUAAAGGUUUUAAAAAUCAUAUUAUAAGAAAAUCAUUGUACAAUGUGUGGAUAAGAUACAAAGAUUUGUUAGAAAGAAAAACUCCCAGAUGGAUCUCGCCUCUAGAGGCAAAGAAACGUAAAUGGUUAAACAUGGAGGAGAACUGGUUGAAAUACAAAGAUAUUUUGUUAGAAGUGGAGAACCAAUUUAAGUUAAAACCAUAUGAUCAAUUGAAAGAUAAAUUAGAUGAUUGGUUCCAGUAUGUACAGAUAAAUGAAGUGUUUAAAACUGAUAAAAAAUUGGAUUCCAGACAGAGAAAUCAAAACUGGAAACAGAAUUAAUAGAGGCAAAAAGUAAAAAUGUGUCUAGAAUGUAUAAUUUAUUGCUGGAGUGGCAUUUGAAAGAUGAACAAACAAAGUCAGUAAUGAUUGAAUGGGCUAAAGAUAUAGGAUAUAAUAUUAUGAUGGCGGAUUGGGAAAGGUUGUGGAAGAAGGGAAUGAAAUUCACUGCAUGCACUGUUUUAAAGGAAAAUUUAAUGAAAAUGAUGUACAGAUGGUAUUUGACACUGGUUAAAUUAGCUAAAAUGUACCAUAAUUGUGACAACAAGUGCUGGAGAUGUAAAGAAGAGGUAGGAUCCUUCUACCACAUGUGGUGGACUUGCCCCAAGAUAAAAGGCUUCUGGGAAAUGAUUUACAAUGAGUUGAAGAAAGUAUUGAAGAAUACAUUUUCGAAAAAACCAAAAGCCUUUUUACUUGGUAUAGUUGGGGAUGAAAUCCCAAGAAAAGAUGUCAAUUUUUUUAUGUAUGCUACUAUGGCAGCAAGGAUCUUAAUUGCGAAAUAUUGGAAGAAAAAUGAAUUGCCUACUGUAGAAGAAUGGCAAAUGAAGAUGAUGGACUUUAUGGAACUCGCGGAACUGACAGGAAGACUCCGGGACCAAGCAGAUGAGAUGAUGGAGGAAGACUGGAAGAAAUUCAAAUUAUAUUUAGGGAAAUAUUUUAGAACAUAAAAGACUGAGUAUCUAUGGGAAUAAUUUGUUGUUAAGGCAUUAGGGAAGAAUAAGAUGGGAGGAAAAAAGAUAAAUGAAUUAAAUUUAAAGGAAUGAGGUAAAAAGAGAAGGAAUAAUAAUAUGAUGAUUAAUAUUUGAAGCAAUGAACAAGAAACUGCUAAAGACGAUUUGAAAAGGAAAAUCAGUUAGAAGGGUUUUGGGGAAGCACAAGAAACAAUGGUUGUAAGAGUUGAAUUAAGUUGAUAUUUGUUUAAAUGUAUUUUUAUUUUCAUGUUUCUUUAUUUGUAUUGUAUUGUAAUUUUUCUUGUUACUUGUUCUUUUUAUUUUUCUUUUAAUAUUUGUUUUAUGUGUGAUGUUGAUGUGUAUAUAAAACCAAUAAAAAUCAUUUAAAAAAAUAACAUUCCUUUUCAAAGCCUUUGGCUAAUUAAACAAUCUGUCCUUUUAAACAGCGUAGGGGGAGUGUUAUUUUUUCUUGUUACUUAUGAUAUGUAUUUUUGUGAUUCUUGGAUGGGUUGGUGGUAUAGAAAUGUAAUUAAGGUGGUAUAGAUGUAUUAAGGUGGAAUAGAAAUGUAAUUAUUUUUUAAAUGAAAAAAUGGACUAAAAUUGCAGAACAGCUGAACUUCCAGGUUUCAAUUGCCUUCCAAUAGUUGCUAAACAAAGCACAAAAUAUUUACCAAGCUCUGCUUUGGUUGCCACAAAGAGGACUGCUUCAUCUAACACUUCUGUGCAUGCACGCGGGGUGAAACCCGGUAAAAUAUUUCCGGGUUUGCCAUGCGUGCAUCCCGAAGUUUAUGUAACCAGAGGGGUAAACGGAGGUACGACUGAAUAUGUGUGUGCGUGCGCAUGCAUGUCUGAUCAGUAUGAAUCUGUGAACAAAGCUUUGCUGCUACACUUUCUGCAUCAACCCUGGCUUCCUUGUCCUGUAUUGUAAAUGGCUUUUUGACUGUAAUAAAGUAACAUUUCCACUGGGUCUGCCGCUUGUUUUGUCUGAAUCUGCAGUCUACCACAGUGCAAAGGGAGGGCUGAACACUCUGGCCCAGGCAUUAAACUUUAAGCAGACACCCACCCCAUACAUGCGCACGCACGCCCACAUGCCUCCAACUGGAAGAGCUUGGUUCCUGGAUCAGGUCAAAGGUGGACCUGUCUAGCUAAGCACUCAGUUUCCCACCCACACUGGGCAUGCGCAACUCUUUAGGAUGUCUGCAAGCAGCUCCUCCCCAGCUAGUGGUAUCCAGAGGUAGACUGCCCCUGGAUCUGGAGGUUCUAUCGAGUCCUCUCAUGUCCCAACGGCUUGCAGCCUUGCCAGGCUCACCUCGGCAAAGGCUCGACUUGUCUCCCCAGCCGGCCAGGCGGUUCCUGGUGGUGCCUUUGCCACCGGACUGGGAGGGGAACGCCUCCUUUUGAGGUCUAACCGCCAGCGGGAGGAUCUAGCAGCCUGGCUUUCCAGUACAGCAGCCAUGCAGGCAGAAAUUCCACCCUGGGGUUUCUCCCCCGUUGAACUUCUGCCUGCCCGCUGGCCCUCUUAUUGAGUCGAGCCGAGGCCUAGGGAAAGCCCGCGAGGCCCGCGUGAGAGUACCACGCACUGAUUCGGUCACACGACGCCUGUGACGUCACCCGAAGCCGAUGCCCUCUUUCCGCGCCCACUUAGGCCGCGGGAUCUGGCGGUGUGCGUGAGAAUGCGCAUGCGUUGAGUGGAAGUUCCGGGUUGCCGGAAGCGUGCCUGGGUCGCUGCUGCUGCUGUUGCUGCUGCUGCUAAGGGAAGCAUGUCGGCUAUCGGGACCCUGGAGCCUGUCCGGGGCGGCGGGGAAGCGGCCCCGGCGAUGUUCCGUCCGCUUAGCGCCGAUGACGUGGAGCAGCUGCCGGACGAGAUCGAGUCCCUCUGCAUGGACUGUCACUCCAACGGGGUGACUCGGUUGUUGCUGACUAGGAUUCCCUUCUUCAAAGAGAUCAUUGUCAGUUCCUUCGCCUGCAAUAAAUGUGGCUCGACCAACUCAGAGAUCCAGUCGGCAGGCCGGAUCCAGGAUCAAGGUGUAUGCUAUGUGCUGACUGUGCGUAGCAAGCAGGAUAUGAAUAGGGAAGUGGUGAAGACUGACUGUGCCACAGCUAGAGUCCCCGAGCUAGACUUUGAAAUCCCUGCUUUUUCUCAGAAGGGAGCUCUUACCACCAUUGAAGGGUUAAUUGAGAGAGCCAUAGAAGGAUUGAAGCAGGACCAGCCAUUCCGCAGGGAAACCCACCCAGACGUUGCAGAGAAGAUCGAGGAAUUCAUCUGUAAACUGAAGCGCUUGAAAGAUGUGGAUUCAACCUUCACUUUUAUCCUAGAUGACCCCUCUGGCAACAGCUUUGUGGAAAACCCUCAUGCCCCACAGAGGGACGAAGCCCUGGUGGUGACCCACUACAGGAGAACUGCUCAGCAGGCUGCUCUUCUUGGAAUUGAGGCUGAGGAAUCCAAGGAGGACUUGGCUGACUCUGUGGACGACCUAAAGAAUGAAGUGCUGCAGUUUGGCACCAACUGUCCCGAAUGUAAUGCUCCAGCCAGUACAAACAUGAAGCUGGUGCAGAUUCCUCAUUUCAAAGAAGUCAUUAUCAUGGCUAUGAACUGUGAUGCUUGUGGCCACAGAACAAACGAGGUUAAAUCUGGAGGAGCCAUAGAGCCUUUGGGGACCAAGAUAACCCUUCAUGUGACUGACCCAUCAGACAUGACAAGGGACAUCCUCAAGUCCGAAACCUGCAGAGUGGAGAUUCCAGAGCUUGAAUUUGAGCUAGGAAUGGGAGCCCUGGGUGGGAAAUUCACAACUCUGGAAGGAUUGCUAAAGGAUAUCCAGACCCUGGUGGCAAAGAACCCAUUCACUCUGGGGGACAGCUCAACAUCAGACAGAGCAGAAAAACUCUGUGCCUUUGGCAGGAAGCUGCAACAGGUAGUUGAUGGACAGUUGAGGAUACAUUUUGUCCUGGAUGACCCUGCAGGGAACAGUUACCUCCAGAACGUUUACGCUCCUGAGGAAGACCCGGAGAUGCAAGUGGAGCACUACGAGCGGCGGUUUGAGCAGAACGAAGAGCUGGGCCUCAACGACAUGAAAACAGAGGGCUACGAAGCAGACGGCUCUUCCCAGCGGUAGCAGCGCCACACACAGGCCAGGACAGCGUUGUGCAGAGAAAGAUGAACAGUUGCGCCUGCCUGGCGAAGGAAGGGUCGUCUUGUGACUCUCUGGAUUGAAUUUGACCCAUGGAAAGCUGCUAGCAGGGCUUCUCAUAAAAAGCAAAAGCAUUG